CACACACACACACACACACACACACACACACACACACACACACACACACACACACACACACCAAGCACGGCAGAGAGAGCAACUCCAUGAUGAGGGCAUGCGGUAUGUUUUGCUGGAAAGUAAGAAGUCCUCUGUCCCCGUCCUCUAGCAGCAGAGCAGCCCCACAGCUUUUCGUCCAAGCGCUCCCCAUGGCUUUCCUGCACUGUGUUGUGUUGGCGCUCCUCUGUUGGUGCGAGCCUGCCUGCUCCACCACCGGAGAAGACCUGGACUAUGGAGGCGUUCCUCUGUGGUUCAACCGUUGGCUAGGUGAGCCCAGUGUGCUGAGCCUGCAGGGGCGGGUAGACCCAGCCUGGUACCGAGCCAACAACCCCCAGAUCUGCCCCCAGCAUUGUGACUGCCCCAUCCAGUGGCCCACUGCACUCUAUUGUGACCACAAAGCCCUGGCAGACGUACCUGACGGCCUACCUUGCACAACUCAGUACCUUUUUCUACAGGGCAACAACAUCUCGGCCCUGACCUCCUCUGCUCUGGCCAACACCACGGGCCUGCUCUGGCUCAUCCUCGACCGCAACCAGUUGCAGAACGACAAGCUGGACCCGACUGCUCUGCAGAACCUGACACAGCUACGUUACCUGUUUGCCAACAACAACCGCCUUAGCACAGUGCCCGCUGGUCUCCCGGCUGGUCUCAAGCAGCUCAGACUGGCCCACAACCAUAUCAACACCAUCGACCCUGACAUCUUCAACAACUUGCACAACCUCACCUUACUGCUGCUGCAGGGCAACAGGCUGCAAACUCUUGCGCCAAGGGCCCUGACCGAUCUGGUCAGUUUGACCCUGUUGGACCUCAGUGGAAACCUGUUCUCCUCUGUCCCAAGAAAUCUGCCCCCCUCUGUCGAGCAGCUCUAUCUGUCCAACAACUCGCUCUCUGCACUCGACGACAACAGUUUUUUGGGGUUCCACGGGCUCAAAUUCCUGCGCCUGAGUCGCUGUGGUCUGCAAAGCCCCACUCUCCACCCGCUGGUCUUCAACGUCUCCAGCCUGGUGGAGCUGGACCUCUCCUACAACAAGCUCACUGUCAUUCCUCCAGUCCCAACCACGCUUCAGUAUCUAUACCUGGAGGCCAAUGAAAUAAAAGAGUUCAACACCACCAGUUUCUGCAGAGAGGUUGGACCGCUGUCUUACUCCAGGAUGAGGAUCCUACGACUGGAUGGAAACAAAAUGUCCCGCCACCAGCUGCCCCCCGACUGGGCCUUCUGUCUCCGAGUGUUGCACAAUAUAUACAUCUGACCCCUGACCCCCCUGUGCUGUUCAUAUCGCUGACCCCGCUGACAGACAAUGCAUUAAAACACAAAAACUGCAUGUUAUAGGCCAUCAGGUCAUACACUGGUUUAACCGACUGAAUGGUGUAACUGAAUAUUGGUAAUAUUUGGGUUUUUUCCACCCCCCCCUUUUCUUCCCCACUUGUACAUGGCCAAUCACCCCGCUCCCUGAGCCGUACCGGUCACUGCUCCACCCCCCUCUGCCGAUCCGGGGAGGGCUGCAGAUUACCACAUGCUUCCUCCGAUACGUGUGGAGUCACCAGCUGCUUCUUUUCACCGGACAGUGAGGAGUUUCGCCAGGGGGACAUAGCGCGUGGGAGGAUGACGCUAUUCCCCCCAGUCCCCCCCCCCCCGAACAGGCACCCCGACCGACCACAGGAGGCGCUAGUGCAGCGAUCGGGACGCAUACCCACAUCCGGCUUGAGCUAUAGCAUAGGCCAUACGGCCUACGUUAUUGGUUUAUAACCCCCCCUUGAAAGAUGGCUAUGAUUGGUUGAGCGUGAAUAUUGUCAUCACACAGAAGAGACGGAGAGACCCUCCGUCUCUAACCCUAACCCUAACCCUAACCCACGCCGCCUUCCCUUCUGACGCCGACGGCUAACGUUAGCUAUCCCCUCCGUCUCGUCUGUAUGAAGACAGUAUGCGUACUCAACCAAUCAUAGCAUAGACAGACGAACAUUAAUGAGAUCUUUCAAGAGGUUAUAAACCUAUAACAUGGCCUACGUUAUACCCGUCUGGCUUCCCACCCGCAGACACGGAAAAUUGUGUCUGUAGGGACGCCCGACCAAGCCGGAGGUAACACAGGGAUGCGAACCAGCGAAUCCCCGUGUUGGUAGGCGACGGAAUAGACCGCCACACCACCCGGAUGCCGUUUGUGUGCUUUUUAUUUUGCAGCAAUUCCUGUAUCAGUUGACAGUUAAGUGAAUGUUUGGCAAUGCUUGAUACCUGCAAGAUUCCUGACUAAACAACACUGAAAGGAAGAAGGCUUCAUGAGCGCUGCGAGUGAAAUAUUUGCCGUUGUGAGAUGUAAAAGAUCUAAUCAACAUGAUAAUCAUCACUGAAAAGACAAUUGGUGAAAUGCAUUUCGUUUUUCCCCUUCACCCCCACCGCUAUUCUCUCUACGCGUCUCCCUCGUGUCCUGUCACUUGGUGUUGUCUAUGUAGUUUCAUUCGAAGCAGGAUUUCACAAGAAACACCAUCGACAGAGAUACACGCAAGAUGUGCUCUAUCACCUUCGAGCAAUCUUUGGUUAAAAGGUUUUUUUGGUUUUGUUUUGCUGAUGAGUCAGCUCACUUCUCCGGGUUGUUGGUUGGCUAAGAACAUGACUCAGACGUGCUAACUUUAUCUGUGUUGAAUCGCUGCAAACGCGUCUAUCCAACAGUGUCAGUGGGUAACACUUUGUAAUAACUACAGUGUUGCCAAACCGAGUACCGGAAUCUUCUAUUCGCAUUAAUUUCCAUGUAUGCAAGUGGCAAGUACACACCAGGAAUUAGUCUUUUAGCAAGGUAUAAGUGUGCCAUGAUGUUAGCAUUACAACAUUGCACAGUCAGAAUGUUUCCUUUCUCUGUUACCCCCCUCCCCUCUUCUUCUACCGACCACACAUGCAUAAUAUUACUCUCCAUACGGUAAUAAUACGCCUGGUUUGUGCAACUUUUUUAAUGACCCGUGCUCUGCUUAGUUUGUCUUGAUGCUGCUUUAUUAAAGCAUGAGACUUUUCGUUUUGCAUAAGUGAAAGAAAAAUUUAAAAAAAUAAAUAAAAAUAA